CAGAACCCAAAAUUUAAAAUGAACAGCAAAAGUAAAGUCACCGUGGCCUUGAGCAAAGAGGGCAUUUGCAAACGUAAAGAACUAGAAUUGGCUUCCAGUGUGCGGCUUUAUCGUCAACCGAUUUGCUCGACUCUUUUUUCGACUUUUAUAUGGAUUUGUGAGGCUUGUAUUCAAGCUUGUAGGGUCAAUCUUACUGGAAACCUUCAAGGCACAACAUACUCAGUUUCUGUACAGGAAGCUUUAAUAUUAAUGUUUUUGGCUUGGAUGAUGAAAAAAGGGAUUUCUACGAGAACUCUAAGUUUGAGUUUGCCAUGGGUAGGUAUGAGCCUCUACAGCCUCUAUUUCAACCAAUAUAAAGGCCUAGUCAUGAUGGUCAAUGUUCUUAAGGCCCACCGUAAUUCUAACCAGCUGAUUUUGCCUCGUGUAGCCCUUUUCAUCUAUGGAACGAGUUUGUUUGUGCGUCUUUUCCUGAUUUGCCGGGUGUUCCAAGCAGCCGCCUCUUUGUGGUACCGUAAAGAAGCCGAAAAGGAGAUAUUUGAUUGAUUUGUACAAUUAUUAUCAAUGAGUUUUUGGAAAUUUUAUUUUGUUAACCAAAAUAUAAUACCCUUGUGUAUGUAUGUAAAAAAAAACUUAUAUCUAAUGACAAACUUAAAGACUACAGAAAUGGGAAAAUUAUCAAUAUUUGAUGGGCUUUUUUGCCAAUUAAUUCAACAGUAGUAACUUUCAAAUUUUUCCGUACAAAAAAUAACAUUGAACAUCAUAAAUAAUACCUACUUUAAAAAAAAACCUUAUUUGUUAUCUUUGUCCAUUUCGUCUGAUUUUCUUUUUCGUUUCACCAAAUGCGAGAUGUUACUCACUGGCCUGGAUUCACUGCUAGUGCUGGGGCCUGCCAUAUCGCUACUGGAACCAGCAGCAGUAGAGCUAUUGCCGACUUCUCUUUGUGACAUUUCGGUUAUGGUUUUGAUUAUCUCAUUCUCAAUUUUCUCA